AAAGGAAAAGCGCGCGAAAGUCUUCGUGGGAGGUUCAGUCACUUCGCGCAUGCGUACCGCGAAGAUUUUAAACAUGGCGGAAUCCAGGACGCUGAUGUAAUGAAACGUUGCAGUUACAUAUAUCAACCUCACAGCCUACCAGACGUGUAUAUAAUUGGUCAGUGAGACGAGCUGUUCCUCCCUGGUCCUCUGUAGUAGGCUCAGAAUGAAGGAGGCUUUGCUGGGGAGUGCAGACACCAUCACCAUGGAAACCAGACAAAAACAACUGGAGAAAGAGAAAAACAAUGAAAAGGAUCUUAAGCCAGACUCUGAAACCAGCACAGACAAAACAGUCACAGAAAAUAUGAAAGUCAACAGCAAGGAAAAUUGGACCAAUGGUCCAGAUAAGCAAGUCCAAGAGAAAGAAAACAAGACGACAGAAAUAAGUAGUGUGUCUGUAGAUACUACAUCUGCUACUACUGCUCCAAGUGUGAUGGCCAGAAGGAGGGGACCUCGCGCAAAAAUGAGCGUUGCCUCACCAACUAAGACUGCCAUCUCUGAUUUUCGAGAAAGACAAGCCGCUGCAGCCAGGGGGGAAGGGUCUGGGUUUGUUGCGCGAAGAGUUUCUGCUCGAAAAUCUAUCAGCGAUUCUAGUCAUAAUAAGCAGCUACCAAAAACUCACGAAUCACUGGACCAAAUUGAUGAACUUUUACAUGGAGAGGAAGCUCCAUCUGAGCCUUUGAUUGAGCCAGAUUCUACGACUAAUGAGGCGGAGCCUUUGCUUUCAGCACAGGAACCUCCCAACUUGUCUCAGAAUGCACCUUUGAAAAUUGAUGAACCCAAAAUAGACACAGAUAAAAAUGAUUCUCUUUUGACUCAAAACUUCAGUGAAAAGUUUCAGAUUUUUAAAGCCAAGAAGUCAUUGCCCUCACUCACAUCUUUUAAGGCCAGAAAGUCAUUUCCCUGCACUUUUGAUAAAGUUCUUACAGGAGAAAAACCUCUUCCUCAAAAAGCUAAGAAAAGUUUUGUUUCCAGAAAAGCAGAUGAGGUCACCAUGGUGAAUCUUGCUCCCCUAGCUAAUGUUAAGUUGCGUCUGCCGGAUAUUGAAAGUGCCCUUGGUAUAAGACCCAAAUCCGUUUCUAGCAGUGGUCAGAGAAAAAGCACAGAGCCAGAAAGUGGCAAAACACAAACUGACAACAGUAACAUUUUUGAAAUUGCAAAAACAAUUGGCGCUGGGUUGCCAAGUGACCUCGUAGAAACCUCUGAAAGUGUGGAUUCACAGUCCAUGGAUGAGUCCGUGGAUGGCUAUUCCGAUAGCAGUGGACUUUCUGAACAGACAAGACAAAAGCGAACUGCUCUGAGAGAGAAUGCUAGAAAGAGGGAUGUCCACUGGAGGAAGAAAAAAAGGAGCCGGUUUGGUGGAACAUAUGAUUUAUUUAUAUCCAGAAAACGUAAAGCUGCACAACUUGAAAGAAAGAGAAAACUGAAAGAAAUGGAGUCUGAACAACAGGAUGGUGAGGUUGACAGGGAAACCUCUUUGGGCCUGGCUCAACAGACGUUGGUCAACUCCACUCAAGUUCCCUCUAAAGAUACAUUGAACUUUAGUGCUAUAGUUGAACUUCUAAAAAAGCCUGUGUCGGCUGGCAUAUCCCCACAGCACAUCUCGGCCAAUGCAUCACCAGGUAAUACAGUAUUGAGUACCAAUUCAGGACUGCCAUCUGGUCCAGAAUCGGGGGUAGAUGUUGUCAGCCCGAGUCCAGUUGACAAACAGGAGUCCAGCAAGUGGUCUGAAUGGCCCUUGUCCAAUCUGCGGUACAGACUUCAAAGGCUCACCCCCCAGGAGAGGGCCAAAUUUCAGUUAAGGAGCAAGGGGAGGAGAGGGGGGAGGGCUUUACUUGGUGGAAGAGCACAAACUAAUGUCAGCGACAAUGAGGAAAUGAAGAGUCCUUUACGUAGAAAGAAAAGAGGAAGAGGCUGGCCGAAAGGAGUUCCUAGGAAAAAAAUAGUAGAAGUUCAAGAAGAAAAAGAUGAGCACGUGGGAGACCAUGAUGACAGCGACAAAGGGCAGGAUGUCAACUUGCGUGAAAGAACAAGAAGUAGAAGUAGGGGAAGAGAAAGUAAGGAAGAGAGCGAAAAGGAUCGAGUGUCAACUGAUGGUACUAGGAGAGAGGAAAAUAUUAUAAAGUCAGAAACCUUGAUAAAUUUUAACUCGUCCCUAGAGAAAAAUGAUAAACCUGAAACUAAAUGGAGUAAAACCGAAAUAACAGCAAAGGAAGCAGAGGAGUUAGAAAAAAGAAGAGAGGCAGCAAAGGCAAAAGGCAAUACGACGUUAGAUGAGUGGAUUAAUUCUGGAAAUGCUACCAAAAUAAGGGUUUUGAAACCAGCGACUAUUGCUAAAAUGUUGAUAGAUGAUGGAGGUUCUAAUACAGAAACUGCGCAGUCUCAAACUCCAAAGGAAGAAAAAAUUGUACCAGAUCUCCCUAAGCCAACAUUGGAUCUCAUUGUUAAAAGCACAAAGGCAGAAGCUGAAAGUCCGCAAGACACAUCAGGCAAAGACAAAGCAGAUGGUACUGAGGAAGAAGAUGCAGAAACAUCUAAAACAGAGAUCGGACCAGAGAAAGAAGAAAUCAUCAAAUCUGAACACACAUAUAUUGACAGUAAAGAGGGCAAUGAUAAUGAUGAUGACACAGAUGUUGAAAUUAAAGACUUACAACAAUAUACCUCUAACUGUGACACAGAUGAGGAACUUGAAGAAGGAGCUACCUCAGAUAGUUGCUCAAGAAGAAGUACCAGGCUUAAAAGGAAAGCAGAAGUUUUGGAUGAUGAUUCGGGCAGUGUAUCCUCAAACAACACCACCAACACUGAUGUGGACGCCAACAGAGCCAAGAGACAGAGAACGGCCACCACAGAGUCCCCUCCUGUUGUUUCACUACCACAGACCUCACAAAUGCCUCCAGUUUUACCGUCCAACAUCAUCGUGACGGUUCCUACACAUCCCCCACAGCUUAUCUUGGCCACAAUGGUGUCGGUGGCGCCCCAGAGUGGCAUGCAGGUGAUGCCAGUGUCAACACUACCUAUUACAACUGUGAGCAGUAUAACAAAUGUGGAGCAGGUGAAACUAAGGUCACUGCUGACGGAACCCAGGAAGGUCAAUUCUGCCGCUCUGGUGACGUCGAGGUCGCCUGUGGUGCAGGAUGUAAAGCCUGCCACCCAGCAGACCUUGCCCCCACAGAUGUUUGGUGGUGUUCCCCUGCCAGUGACCCCUCCAAAGACCCCAGACACUGCCAGCGUGGCCAGCACAUCCAGUAACAAUAGUAUCAGGUCCACCAGCCCUGCUGCUGCUACUACUGAUAAGAUUCCAUCAAUAAAGAAGCUACAUCCAAUUCUGCCUGCACACGACCGUGACCUCAUUCCUUUGUGUUGUUGCAAGAUCAAUGGCACGGCCUUUGCCAACAUGAACCGCACAGUGUAUUGUCAAGCCUUGGAAUCCAUUGAUGGGAAGAUCACUGGUUGCUGUAACCGUGUCUCCCUCUCUAUGCUGGUGCGUCCAGCGGUGAAGAUCCCCUUCAUGGCGGUCUGUGAGGUCCACAGGAAGCGUCUUAAGCUACAUCAGUGUUGCCCUGGCUGUGGUAUCUACUGCUCUCAGGGCAAGUUCUACCAGUGUAAAAAGGAAGGAGGCUCUGUGAUCCACAUCUUCCACAAGGAGUGUCAGGUGUUUAAGGACAGCAAAUUUUACUGCCCUCAUUGCGGAGAAGAGUCCUUGCAGUGCGAGGUGAACAUCAGGCUGAACGAACCCAGCAGCGUGUCGAUGACCUCGUCUGAUUUGGUGCGGAAGACAAAGCCAAGUCCCAGCAAAGCCCGUAUGAGUUGGAGUGAACUGAAAGAUGCCAAAUCAGAAGGUUUGGACUUAAAUGAGGAAGUGUUCAGUCAUACUUUCAAGUCUGGGAAAACACUGUCCACAGCUGGUAUGAGACCAGGUGCAUUUAAAGGAGAUAUCAAAAGAUUGGUGGAACUGCUGGAGAUGGAAAGACCCAAAAAAUAUCGUGCCUUGCCUAAGAAUAUCUACAUCCCAGUCAAAGCUCAAGAAACUGAGAAAGUUCUUUUUAUGCUCGCCGAUGGAGCUGAGCCCAAUGAAAAGUUUGAAGAAAACAAUGGGCAGACAGUACUCCAUGUAGCAGCUGAAAGCGGGCAGAGACUCAUGGUGUACUUAUUACUGCAGGCUGGGGCCAGUCCCAAUGUGUCAGACAAAGAUUUCUACACACCCUUAAUGAGGGCAGCAGAGAAUAACCAUGUGGAAAUCAUGGAAGAUUUGAUCAGAGCAGGGGCAGAGGUUCAGGCGAAGGGUGAGGAUGGUAUGACCUGUCUCCAUGUUGCGGCCAGGUCUGGUCACUUAGAGUCCAUCAAGUACUUGUUAACUGUUGACCAGGUAGACAUCAAUGUCAAGGAUGACGGUGGCUGGUCCCCAAUAGUUUGGGCCUCGGAGCACAGCCAUGUUGAAACUGUCAAAUACAUGCUGGAUCAUGGAGCUGACCCUAACAUGAGGGACAAUGAAGAGAACAUAGCACUGCACUGGGCAGCUUUCUCUGGGAGCAUAGACAUUGCUGAGCUGUUCUUAAACUAUGGGUGCGAUUUGGAGAGUGUGAAUGAACAUGGAGACAAACCUUUACACAUAGCCGCCAGACAGGACCAUUACGAGAGUGUUGUAUUAUUCUUAGCUCGUGGUGCUGACAGUGAAGCUAGAAACAGAGAAGAGGAAACCCCAUUAUCAUGCUGCCCCAACAGAGACAGCCCAACGUGCUUAGCUCUGAGGGUGAACAGACAUUUGAGAAGUCUAGCCAUGGCGAAAAGGAUUCAACGACCUGAGAGACUACUUCACAGGGAUAUUUCCUUGGGCCGAGAACAAAAUGUAAUAGCCUGUGUCAAUGCAAUAGAUGACUAUGACUAUCCAAGGGACUUUGUAUAUGUUAUUGAGAAUGUUCAGACGGAGCCCAUGAAUAUAAAUAAUCUUAUAACAAGCUUGCAGCAUUGCAAGUGCAGAGAUGACUGUGCCUCACUUCUGUGUAACUGUAGCAGGAAUAGUGUCAGGUGUUGGUUUGACAAGGAGGGUCGCCUUGUACCAGAGUUCAAUCAAGCUGAGCCUCCAUUACUAUUUGAAUGUAAUAAAGCCUGCAGCUGUUGGAUGACUUGCAGAAAUCGCGUGGUGCAAAAUGGGAUCAGUACCCGUCUGCAGUUGUUCAGAACCAAUGGCAGAGGUUGGGGAGUGCGCACAUUACAAGACGUACCUCAGGGAACAUUUAUAUGCGAAUACAUAGGGGAACUGAUCUCAGAUUCUGAAGCUGAUAGAAGAGAAGAUGAUUCAUAUCUUUUUGAUCUGGAUAACAAGGAUGGUGAAACUUACUGCAUUGAUGCAAGGCAUUAUGGCAACGUCAGUCGUUUUAUCAAUCAUCUUUGUGAACCCAACGUCAUUCCUGUCAAGGUGUUUAUUGAGCACCAAGAUCUACGAUUUCCGAGGAUCUGUUUCUUUGCGUCCAGGGACAUAAAAUCAGGGGAAGAAUUAGGCUUUGACUAUGGUGAAAAGUUCUGGAUUAUUAAAUGGAAACAAUUCACCUGUGCUUGCCAAUCUCCAAAAUGUAAAUAUAACAGCACAACUAUCCACCGUACUAUAGAGGAGUACAAUGCUAGGCAAGAGGAGGAACAUGGAGAAUGAAAUAAGAGAGCUCAAGACAACCAUCUAUUAUGAUAUACAGAAUGUCCAGUAAGGAGGGAAGCCACAGGGGAAGGGCAGCGGUGGUUGAAUAGUACCCUUUAAACUGUGAAAAUUCAGUUUUGAAGAGGAAGAUAGAAACUGAAAAUAUAGCACAUCAAUCCAGACAUCUGUCAUACAAAAGAAAUGUUCAGUGUAAGAAAUACAGGAAAGAGAUAAUGGUAUUGAAUUGGUAUUGACUACUGUGUGGUUUAAUUCAAAGUCAGGCAGGUAGAGGGGUGAGAAUGAAGAGAAGGAUCAUGUCAGUACCCAGGAGUAUUUGGCAGAAAAUAUGUCAGUGAACAAGAAAAGAGAGGAAAACUGUCGGGGACCAUGCCAAGGCCACAGAGUAAUUUAGUGUUUCACCAAGGCUAAAAAGAAAACUUGGUAUUAACAAAAAAGCAACAGGCACAGCGGCCAUUUUGUUUACAUCCCAAACAGAACCAAUAUUAAAUACUGUCACACAUAAAGUUACAACUAAAUAGGCACUGUAGUCACACACUUUAAUUGCACACAGUAUUUUUUGAAUGAGAAAUAUUAUUCUUUUUUUGGCAUCAUUUUUAGAAGUUGGUGGCUUUGAAUGUAGAUUAUUUAAAGUGAUUGUGGACAGUUGUAUGUCUGCAAAGAAUCUUAUUCACCUCUUAAAGAAUUAUAUAUGCUCCAUUUUGUUUUCAUCAUAAAGUGCAUGCUAGAUAGCCACACCAUAAAUUAUUUUCUGUAUGGUUUCUCUUGUCUUGGAAUGAAAUUUCUGUAAUGGAAGUGAUUUAUUAUUACCUCGCAUUAUGAUAAGACUUUUAGUGGGUGGAUUUUACACAUUUUACAUACAACCAAGCAAUUUGGUUAAUUGCUGUAAGAUAAGAGCAAGGGAAGUUGCCUGGCAAAAUAUUAUUGAAGAGGGUGUAAAUAGUUGAAUUAUACAUGUCUGUAAAUUUAUUUAGUAUCAUGUGGUAUAUACAAGUAGUAUAGUUAUUUACAUCCUGAUAACUAUUAGAUGCAUAUUGGUACUGUAACAUGCAAUUUUAUUGUUUUAGCUCAAGAAAUAUUUACUUAAUUUCAUGAAAUAGUUGAAACUUGCGUGAGAGAGGAGCUGAUUUGAGGUUUUAAACCAGCAGAUUAUGUUUUUGAGUGCAAAAGUGUCUAAUCUUGUUAAGAGCUUUGUUAGUUAUUUUUAAAAUGUUCAGGCAGAUAUUUGGCUAUAAAGCAACAGUAAUUUUUAACUGUGAAUGUGCAGCAAGCUUGGAUUUAUUGCGUGUGGCUUUAUAGUUCUUAAUUAAAAAAUGCAUUUUUAAAAAAUCCACUUUUCACCAAAAUAUGCAUUCUCAGUUUUAAUAAUUAUUUUUGCAGAAAUAGAAAAAAGGCUUAAAAUGAAGAAAAAAAGGUCCACUUUUCAGUCUUUUUUUUACAUCUCUCAUAAUCAUUUUAUUUUCAAUACAUUGUCUAAUAUUUUUGCAAAAGAAAUCAUCACCUGCCUAAAGAAGCUUUUGAGUGGUCAUUCAUUUUCAGCAAAAUUGUCAAAUUUUACUGGAUCUCAUAUGCUUAGUGAUAUUGUUUUUGU